AUGAUAUGGUAUCAUAACUUACCUAAGCAUUUGAUUGACUCGUUUGCUAUGCUUAUGGAUGCUUUUGUCAAAGCUCAUGCUGGAGCCAUUAAAGUUGAAACCCAAAAAUCGGACCUGUUCAACAUUAAACAGCGAGAUGAUGAAACCCUCCGUGAGUUUGUGGCCCAGUUUCAAAUUGAGCAUAUCGACCUGUCUCCGGUUAAGGAUGCUUGGGCCGUUCAGGCUUUCACCCAGGGGCUCAACCCGAGAAGCUCGAUCAUAUCUAUGGAGCUGAAGCAAAAUCUGGUGGAAUACCCGGCAAUCACUUUGGCCGAUGUGCACAACAGGUAUCAAUCGAAAAUCAAGGUCGAGGAUGAUAAGAUUUUGAGAGCCGCAUCGGGGUCGUGGCGUCCCAAUAAAGGGAAUGAUCGAUCGAGAAGAACGACAGAUCGAGAAUCGAAACCAUCAUAUGACAGGUACCAGCCUUAUCCACCUGAUCGAAGGGGUAACGUGCACAACGGCGAACCAGGCAAAAGUGAUAAGAGGAAUGAUUGA